AUGGCUGAAAUCAUAGAAAAUAAAUCAGCCUAUAGGGAUAAUGGCAUUCCUCUAGAGAUUGUGUUUAACAUACUUUCUCGACUACCUGUUAAAUCAUUGCUCCAAUUCAAGUCAGUUAAUAAGGCCUGGCAUGCUUUGAUUUCGAGUCCUGAAUUUAUCAAGGAGCAUCUCAAUCGAGCUAGUGACAUAGACAACUUCAUCUUCCACAGAUUCAUGUAUAUUAAAGUUCGUCCCUUCUCCCGACAAGACCUCUCCCAAUCCUUCGAUUUCAGCACUUUUAACAAAGUCCCUGCCAGACUUCCUCUCAACAGCCAGUUCGUGAAUGCCGAGGUAGUAGCUUCUUGUAAUGGACUUGUGCUUCUGUACAUGAAUCACGAGAAACAUCUCUUGUGGAACCCUUCAACUGGAAACUACAAAGAAAUUUCAGGUCUUCACAGGAACAGACUUAACAUACAAUCUUAUAAUAGACUGUACGGGAUUGCUCAUGAUGCAUCCAUUGAUGAAUAUACAGUGAUAAGUGCAGCUAGGGUUUCUCAUUCGCAGAAUCAAGAAACCAUAGUCUCAGUUUAUAACUGCAGGACUAAUUGUUGCAACUAUAUCACUGGAUUUCCUUACUGGAUUUUCAGGAAUCAACAAGGGGCUGUUGUGAAUGGAGCUCCACACUGGUUAGUAUCUAAUGGUCAUGGUGAUGGAGAAGGAUGCGCUAUUAUAUACUUCGAUUUAUCCAAUGAAACAUUCAAGGAAGUGGCAAAACCUGAUUGGGCUGAAAAUGGUUCUGAAUUGGAUUUGAGGGCUUUCAAAGGACUUCUAUGUUUGGUUCAGUAUAAACGAGGCUACGCGGACAUUUGGGUUAUGGAAGAAUACGGUGAACCAGGAUCUUGGAAUAAGUUAUACAGCUAUGUUCGUUCUUUGAGCGCGUUGGAUGUGAGGCCACUAGGUUUAACACACGACGAUGAAGUUGUGAUGGAGAUGGAACAAUCUAGGGUUGCUAUUUACAAUCCUGAAACACGCCAAUUUUACGACAAGAAUAUUUAUUCGUGCUACAAUAAUGGUUUUAAGGCUGUCACAUAUGUGGAGAGCUUAGUUUCACCCAAUGCAUGGAAUGAAGAUAUGUGA